CCGUCACUUGUCCCCGCAGUUAGGACCCUCGCGGGGGGUUUAUGGGUCCUCUUCCCCCUCCCACUGACAACUGCCCCAACUGCUCUUCCCGUCCCGGUCACAGUGAAGAUGUAGAAGGGGUCGUUGUCCGUACGACUGUGCGCCAGGGCUCGGGGAGGGGCGCCCUCCUCGUGAGCGCCCCCCUGGGAAUAGUGAACAUAAUCACCUCUCAUUCCAGACUAUGUUAGGUCUUAAUGGUGGGAGGACGCUCGAGUGCCCCGCCCGUUUCACCCCGAGGGGGCGGGACAGUGGGUCGUGACGCUAUCAGAGGGCGCCAGAGCAGGGACCGGACGCGAGUUGGGGAUGUUGGACUCGCUGUUAUCCUUGGGCGGCCUGGUGCUGCUUCGGGAUUCCGUGGAGUGGGAGGGGCGCAGUCUCUUGAAGGCGCUUGUCAAGAAAUCUGCACUGUGUGGGGAGCAAGUGCAUAUCCUGGGCUGUGAAGUGAGCGAGGAAGAGUUUCGUGAAGGUUUUGACUCUGAUAUCAACAAUCGGCUGGUUUACCAUGACUUCUUCAGAGACCCUCUCAACUGGUCAAAAACUGAGGAGGCCCUUCCUGGGGGGCCGCUGGGAGCCUUGAGAGCCAUAUGCAAGAGGACAGAUCCUGGUCCUGUCACCAUUGCUCUCGAUUCACUCAGCUGGCUGCUGCUUCACCUUCCCUGCACCACACUCUGCCAGGCCCUGCAUGCUGUGAGCCAUCAGGACUCCUGUCCUGGUGACAGCUCCCCGGUGGGAAAAGUGAGUGUGCUGGGCUUGCUACAUGAAGAGCUUCACGGACCAGGCCCUGUGGGAGCUCUCAGCAGCCUUGCGCAGACUGAGGUGACCCUGGGCGGUACAAAGGGCCAGGCCUCGGCCCACAUCCUGUGUCGGAGGCCCCGACAGCGCCCAACUGACCAGACUCAGUGGUUCUCCAUACUUCCAGACUUCAGCCUGGAUCUCCAAGAGGGACCCUCUGUAGAGUCCCAGCCCUGCUCCGAUCCUCAUAUACCCCCGGUGGAUCCCACAACUCAUUUGACCUUUAACCUUCACCUGUCCAAGAAAGAGAGAGAAGCCAGAGAUAGCCUGAUCCUGCCCUUCCAGUUCAGCUCUGAAAAACAGCAGGCUCUCCUGCGGCCUAGGCCAGGCCAGGCUACCAGCCACAUCUUCUAUGAGCCAGAUGCUUAUGAUGACCUGGACCAAGAAGACCCAGAUGACGACCUAGAUAUUUGACUGGUCAGAUUUGAUUAGAUUGUAAUUGGAGGGGGCACAGGAAGACUUUGGGCCCAGAACCAUCUUUCUCUUGUUUGUGUUAGCCUUACCCUGUCCCUACCCCACCUUGGUUCCCCUUGUCUAUGGAUCCCUGCUCUGUGAGCCAGGAAGCAGUGUCUCAUCAGGACAGAAGGUAGGAUGAAGACAUGGGAUAAUGUGAGAGUAGAACAUCCCUGUACCUAAUAAAAUCUUUAUUUUUUUAUUAAAAAAGAAA